AGACAUAUUACUAUAUAUCUCCUUUGGUUGGUGCCUUUUUUUUGGCUCUGACUCCGAUGGGGAUUGUCAUAGCUGCCAAACACCCAGCUACCAGAACCGUUCUCCAUUCAGGAUGGGAGCCUGUUAUAACUGCCAUGGUUAUAAGCAGUAUUGGUGGCCUUAUUCUGGACACAACUGUAUCUGAUCCUAACUUAGUUGGAAUUGUUGUUUAUACCCCAGUAAUUAAUGGUAUUGGUGGUAAUCUAGUAGCUAUUCAAGCUAGCAGAAUUUCUACCUACCUCCAUUUACACAGCAUUCCCGGAGAACUGCCAGAAGAAGCCAAGGGUUGCUAUUAUCCAUGCAGAACCUAUUGUGGUUCGGGAGUAAAUAACAAAUCAGCCCAAGUUUUGCUUCUUUUGGUGAUUCCUGGACACCUGAUUUUCUUGUACACUAUCCACUUAAUGAAGAGCGGCCACACUUCCUUAACUCCGAUCUUCAUAGCGGUGUAUUUGUUUGCAGCUCUGCUACAGGUGUUUACUCUGUUAUGGAUUGCUGACUGGAUGGUACACCACUUCUGGAAAAAAGGAAAAGACCCCGACAGUUUUUCUAUCCCUUAUCUUACUGCACUGGGAGAUCUGCUUGGAACUGCCUUAUUAGCUAUAGGUUUUCAUUUUCUGUGGCUCAUCGGUGACAGAGAUGGUGAUGUUGGAGACUAA